AUGAUCCGACAUUUCUCCACCUCGGCUCGACGACUGGCGGCCAAGACCCCCCGGCCAAUCACUCCCUUCCCCACAAAAUACUCUUCGCCCGCUUCGGCCUACAAGAACCCCUACAUUAUCCCUCCCGGAGUCCACCAUCACCCCGCUCCAGCCGCCCCUUCGGCCAUCCACACUCCCUAUGUGUUUCUGCCCGAUUCGGACCCCCGAAAGGCCCUGCUGGCCAAAUCUGCAUCAGUCGAUACCACCAACAUGCCGACCUUCCGCAAGGGCAAGGCCCAGUACCACAUCACCGAGGCCGACAUCAAGGAGAUGCGACGACUGCACGAGAGCGAUCCCGAGGUGUGGACCCGAGCUGCUCUCAUGGAGAAGUUUGGCGUGAGCGGCUACUUUGCCGGAUCGAUUGUGCAGGCCUCGGCUCAGCGAGUCAAGUCCAUGAACAACGAGCUGGCCAAGAUCAAGACUAACUGGAGCCAGCGACGAGCAGACGCUCGACUGGAGAGAGAGAAGCGAAAGGCGUAUUGGUACAACGACGCUUAG